UUAUGCUGUUCUUGAAGAUUAGAGUUUUCCCUUCCCAUCCUUUCUACUCUCUUGAAAAGCACUUCCACCAGGAAGUCAGUUUUCCUCAAAAUCACUUCCUCUGCUUCACUGUAAAACAUGCUCUUAAGGAGUUCUUCAACACCAAUCUUGAAUUCAUGGCUUCCACACUCUAAAGAAUCAUCACCAGAGCCAGAAUUCCAGGCUCUUAAAAGAACCAAAUCAAUCUCCUUAACUGGCUCCUUUCGUUCUCAACCUUCCUUUGACGACAAGAAAGUCACUACCCAAACUCUGCAAGAGACAAAUCUCCAAAAAAUCAAGAAUGCAUCACAUGGAAGACCACCUCAAAGCAAGAAACAACAAUGUAAGAAAGACAGUGAUGAUGAAAUAAAGAAAGAAGCAAUAGUACCCAGUUCAAGAAUUCAGAGAAUGUUUUCAAGUUCAGGGUUGGGGGGGAGAGUGGCGAAUGAUGAUGAUGAUGAUGAUGAUGAAAAGGAGGAGGGGCGUGGGUUGCAGACUCUAGUGGUUGGUGGUGGAUCGGGGAGUGGAGGAGGUGGUGGUGUUUGUGGUGGUAGUGGAGGGAGAAGAUCGGAUGGUGGAGAAAGUAAUGGUGGAUCAGAGUUUUAUGGGAAUGAAAGCACUGAUGCUUAUUAUCAGAAAAUGAUUUCAGCAGAUCCCGGGAAUGCACUUCUACUUGGAAACUAUGCUAAGUUUUUGAAAGAGGUUAAAGGAGAUUUCGCUAAAGCAGAGGAGUUCUGUGGAAGAGCAAUCUUGGCAAAUCCAAGUGAUGGAAAUGUUUUGUCAGUUUAUGCUGAUUUAAUAUGGCAAAAAGAGAAGGAUGCUGAAAGAGCUGAGAGUUAUUUUGAUCAAGCUGUCAAAACUGCACCUGAAGACUGCUUUGUUUUAGCUUCAUAUGCUAGGUUUCUUUGGGAUGCUGAAGAAGAAGAAGAAGAUGAAUAUGAAAGUGAAGAUUGCCCACAUGAAACUAAAUCUCCAUCAGGUUUCUUCAAUGGCCUUCCUUUAGCUGCAGCCUCCUAGUCUUCUAUGUUACCUGUUUUUUCCCUAUAAUAUAAGGAGAUUAGUGAUAUACUCUUAUCUGAGUGCAAAUAUAUUACUAUCUAAAGAAUAACAAACUCUCUUUGAUUUUGUCAUUGAGGGUUAUUGUAGAGGUGAUGACAUCCUAACAUCAACAAUAAGGAAUGUAAAGUAAGCCUUGUUUUA